AUGAAGUUCCGUCAAUCUUUUCAAGUAUUCCGCAACGAUUCAAGGGAGGAGGGUGGAAGGCCGACCACGGCAGCGUACAACAAGAUCGGCGUUCGAGAGACACAGUCGACCGCUGCUUUGAGCAAUGGCGCAGACGAAAAGCAACAGACAGAGGCGCAGGCCCCGCCCACGAAGAACGCUAUGCAGGACUUUCUACAGAAGACCGGCGCAGGCCUUCGUGCUACAGGCGCAAAUCUCAAGGCCAGAAGUGCGAAGCUGGAAAGGCGGAUACCGCGCAAGAGAUCAAAAGUGGUCAAGCCAACCUCCAAACGAAACAGCGUGCAAGUGCGCACCUUUGACCUCGACGACAAAGUCAUGGACAGGCUGACCCGGUCGCCGAAGGAGAAGAAGGCGACUGAAGCCUUCUUGGAGAAGCAGCGGACAAGAGCAAGCACUCGCAGCCGACAUCCGUCCAACGGUGUCUCGCCUAUGUCUUCGAAGUCCCAGGCAGAGCUUGAUAGGCGACCAUUAUCCCCUCUGGAGAUUGAGGCCAUGUUUCUGGGAGCACCCUAUUUCCAGGUACGGAAAAGUGUUGGGCACUACAAUCCGGAAGUGGCAUUCCAAGGAGGUGAUGUGAAGACGACGUCGAAGUUUUCACCAGACUAUGAAGGGUUCAGCCAUGCAUCGUUUGCAGCAAGCACGCUAUCAAAGUCACGGAGUCAAGAGCAAGUGGAGAGGCCGUCGAGCGAGCAGGGCAAUGAGACCGUAAAAUAUGGUAGCGAUGUGCUGGAGGUGCCUAGCAUGCUAUCGGCAGAGGGAUUGGAUACUGGUGCAGUCGGUUUCGAGCAUUUCCUUCAGCUUCCGAUCGCAGACGAUCUUGCUGUACAGGACGAUACUGCGCCACUGAAGAAGCGCGAACAGCUGCAAAUGGACCCCGAGUGGCUUGGUCUCCGGCAGCUCAACAUGGAGCACAUGAUCGAUCGCUUGACAGAGAUGGGCGAGCUCUUUGCGGCCAUCAAGGAGCACCAAUGGGAGUCGCCCGAUCCGUGGAAUCGUAGGAAGAUUGAGGAAAUGGGUGAAGAGUUGUUCGACAAGCUACUGAGUGCUGAGCUGGGGACCACUUCUGCUGGUACAGGCAGUGUCACGCUGAAGACACAGGUCGCGGCGUUGCAGAGGGUGUUGAACACUAAUGGUCUAUGGCGGGACUUCAGCCGUGUCGAGUGGAGGACAAGAGUCGGACAGCUACUCUGGGCGCCGGAGGACUUCGAGCAGACGCAGGUGGACGGCAGCCGCACCCUCAACGAGCGAGAUGUCUUCUUGCUGCAGAUCACGCUCUCCGCCGAAUUGCUCAUGCGCCUUCUCGCCCUGGAGGCCCUGUCGUUCUCGUUCCCACCAAUCGUCUCACAAGAAGAUGCCGAAGCGCUUGACACCCAACGAGGCCCAAAGAUCAAGUGGGACCUCAUUCUGGCCGACAGAUUCCUAAGCAACCUCAACAUCUCUGCCAAAACUCUGCCACCGCCUAUACCUACAUCAGCAGAGAAAGGUGUUGCCAACCGCAGCAGCUUUUUCAGCGCCAUCACCUUCUUCUCCGCGAAAGAAGACCCUCUCGACCAAGAUAGCUCGCAUUCGGUUCAACCGCUGCUCUUUGCAAAGAACGAACCUGAGCAGCUGGCCGGCCUUGCCCACUUUGCCCACACUCUACAGUGGCCUCACGCCGACGAUGUACAGCGCGAGCUGGAGUCGAAGUUGUCCAAACCCUUCUCGAACCGGCCACUUUCCACAGCAGCCAGCAUAUAUGCCACGCCACUUUCCAGCCCGCGCCUACCUCCGACUCCGGGCGCCAGGAAUUCAUUCUUUGCCUUUCCAUCUUCCAGGCCCGGCUUUAGCAGGAAGAACACAGCACAGUCUGUGUCUCUGCUGCCGGCACGCAACAUUGCCGGCAACGUCGAGAGCUUCGAGGUCGGUGGCUGGCUCUCACGAUCCUGGCUCAGUGGACUAGUGAUGCCUGGCGAGCCUGGACGGCACUUCCUGAUGUCGGCGUUAUUGGAGAACAGUCCCCAGGCCAUCACUGUGCUGGGAGAGGAAGCAAACCUCUACGGUGGUUUCGUAUAUGGUCAAAGAGGCUUCUGGAGCCAGUCGUGCAUAGUCGGGCGUGUCCUGGCGGCCGUCAAAGGAAGCGUAGGGUGCAUGGGCUGGGUCUCAGUGCCGCUCGAUGGUGAAACCCGGAAGGGCCUUGACGAUGGGUGGAUGGGCGUCGAUGCUCAAGAGCUUCCUGCUGUGGCUGCGAGGCCAUGUAUCAGGGACUCGGAGGCUGUAGCCAAAGAGUCCGAUCCGAUCAAGGGGCACAAGGUCGAGUCCUUACAGGCUGGAGACUUCAAUCGACCCACGGAUGGCCCACUAGUCAUGGGUAACGAGGUCAAGUUCGAAGGUCUCUCCAUUGCUACCGCCACUUCACCCUUCAAAAGCACCAGCGACACAUCAAGCUCUGAUUCAGUAACGCCGACCGACGAGCCUUCAUCGACGUCGACAGCCGUUCUCACCUUCUCAUCGCCGAUUAACAAACAGAUGCCUCUGCUCACGGUUCCGCUUACGUACGACGUUCAGUUCAUAUCCUCAUAUCCAUGCCAUCCACAAACCACAAGACCGCGCGGACUUUCGAGGCCGCUUACUCCGAGCCCACAGUUUUCCUUCGAGCACCGAAGUACGCCGUCCUCAGCCGCCACUGGUACAAUCGCCACCGACGGCCGCUCAACCCCUCGCAAGCACCAGCCCAAAGACUCCACCACCAGCAGUACCCCGAACAAAGCCCAUCACCAAGCCGACCUCUCCGGUACCCCCAGCACAACAGCGAUAGCGAAGCCGCCAACGCCCUGGACGCAAGGCACCAAGCACCCGUCAAACCCUAGCACGUCCAGCAGUAGCAGCACCACCUUGACCACCACGCCUAAAGAAAACAGCUUCGCGCCCAAAGAGAAGAACCUGCCCUCCCUCCCUGCCCAUCCACUGCACAUCGAUUUCCAGCACACAGUCCUACCGGCCGCUUCUCUACUUUCGCUCGCGCCAGAAUCGAGACCAAGGGCUCUGAGUUCACCGACGGAGCGGAAGAUGUCUGCCGCUAUGGCUGAGGAGAAUGGACUGGAUGAGGAAGUCGUGGUGUUGGACUGCAGAGGUAACGCGGAUCUGGAGGUGUUGGCGAGGGCCUGGUGUGCGAUGGUUGGGGAGAGUGCGGUUGUGGGGAGGAGUGGGAGGACUUGUUUGGCUUGUUGUGUUAGGGAGGCGAGGGCUUGUGGGGUUGUGGUUGUUAUACGGGUUUGA